CUUAUAGACCGGCUACCUCUUUUAAUAAAUUUCAUGUUUAAUUAAUUUUUUUUUAUGUAUAUAUAAACCCGAUUGGUACAUUUGAUUUGGUUUGAAACUUGAAAGUACAAUGGGUUAAGUAGUUUGAAGUUUGAACCCUUGAUUGUCUCCUUUCUCUUCUUCGGCCACUUCCAACGCCGAUCACCGCCGCGCUCUCUCUCUAUCUCAGUCCCAGCAAUCACUUGUGUUGGCUCUCCACUCACUUCACACCGCUCUUCUCUCUUCCGCCACCGUGCACGUGCUGUUACAACUCAAGCGGAAGAGAACUAAUUCUAUUGUUUGGGAAUACUUCACAGAGGAAGCUGUUGGAGCUGGAUGUACUAGGGCUUACUGCAAAAGACACAUUUCUUUUGGAAUUUGUAAAUGGCUCAGCAGAAAAAUCAAGAGAGCUCAUAUACGAAAACCGGUGGUUCUCGAGAUACCGUCAAUCGUCUCAAGAAACGACCAAGAACAACACCUGUUGGUAAUGGUAUCUCAUUUGAUCAGGAGCGAUGCAACCAAGACAUUGCUAAAAUGAUUAUUUUACAUGAUUAUCCUCUUCAUAUCGUGGAACAACAGGGUUUCAUUGAUUUUGCGCGCAUUCUUCAACCCCAGUUCAAUCCACUAUGUUUAAAAUCUAUUGAAGCAGAUUGUGUUGCUAUAUACCUCAAGGAGAAGCAAAAUCUUUUGAAUUUUAUCAAUGGGAUUUCUGCACGAGUCAACCUGACAUUGGACUUAUGGACAUCAAACCAGACAACGGUAUAUGUUUUUAUUCGAGGACACUUCAUUGAUGGUGAUUGGAACUUACAUCAUCCUAUUCUCAAUGUCUUUAUGGUACCAUUUCCUGAUUCUGAUGAUUCCUUAAGUCAAAUUAUACAGACCUGCCUAUCUGAUUGGCUCUUGAAGGGUCGUCUAUUUACCCUUGCACUUGAUAAAUCCUUCUCAAGUGAGACUGUGGUGGGAAAUCUGAGAGGACUUCUGUCUGUUAAGAACUCUGUGAUUCUCAAUGGCCAGUUAUUAAACCAGAAUUGUUAUGCCCAUGUUCUUAGUCAUCUUGCGGUAGAUGCAUUACAGACAAUGGGAGAAACUAUUAGCAAAGUUCGUGAGAGUGUGAAAUAUGUGAAAUCUUCUGAAUCUCGUGAAAAGAAGUUUCUUGAGGUGAAGCAACAACUACAAGUACCUAGUAUGAUGAAGCUCUUAAUUGAUGACCAGUGUAAAUGGGACACAACAUACCAUAUGCUUGUAGCUGCUUGUGAAUUAAAGGAGGUCUUUGCAUGCUUUGAUGCCACUGAUCCUAAUUAUACAAUGACUUUCACUAUGGAUGACUGGAAGCAAGUUGAAACUCUCUGCACAUAUUUGAAGUAUUUGUAUGAUGCGGCUAAUAUUGUAGCUUCUCAACUAUACCCAACUGCAAACAUUUUUUUUCUUGAAGUGUCAAAACUUCAGGUGGAGUUAGCUGAUGCAGCCUUCUGCCAGGAUCCUUUCCUUAGUAAUUUGAUUUUGCCUUUACAUAAGUACUUCGAUCAAUAUUGGAGAGAAAGUUGUCUCAUCUUAGCAAUUGCUGUAGCCAUGGACCCAAGAUAUAAAAUGAAUUUUGUGGAAUUAACCUUUUCCAAGAUAUUUGGUGAGGAUGCCAAGUCAUGGUCAAGAGUAGUGGAUGAUGGUCUUCGUGAGUUAUUCUUUGAAUACAACACUUUCAUGCUUCCUUUUACAGCUUCAAAUGACUAUGAAGAAGAUGGGAUUACGUUGAAGACAGAGGCAUACCAAGAAGGGUCAAUUGAUGGUUCUAUCUUUGUUGAUGAGGAUAAACUUUCUGACUAUGAAUGUUAUAUAUCUGAUUUUACUGGUAUCCAGCAAUAUAAGUCAGAAUUGGAUGAGUAUCUAGAAGAGCCUCUUCUUCCCGGGGUAGAAGAAUUUGAUAUUUUGAGCUGGUGGAGAGAAAAUGGAUUGAGGUAUCCAACAUUGUCCAGAAUUGCAUCUGAUGUUUUGUCAAUUCCAAUAUCAACUGUGUCUGCAGAGUUUGUUUUUGAUACUGAAAUUAGAAAAAUGGAUAGCUACCGCAGUUCGUUAGGCUCACUCACCCUUGAGUCCCUUAUUUGUGCUAAGGAUUGGUUCCAGAGUAAAAGUUUACCCAUUGAUGUUUCAAAUGCACUUCCUAAGAUGAGAUUUUAGAUACAGGUUUGUUGGUGUAGGGAUAGAAUUCUCAAAUAGCUCUUUCAGCCAUUGAAAUUUUGAAACCAUGAUGAGGUUAAUUCAUUUGUGUGAUUAAUCAACACAUGCUUUACCUUUGGUAAAAAAUAUCCUUUAUGUACAAAAGUGAUUGUAUUCAUACCUCCAAACGGUUCAUAGUUUUUUUUUGUCAAUAAAGAUUCAUAGUGUCAAACUUCGGGUAAAA